UGCUUCUCUGUCUUCUGCAAUAGUGGUGAAGAAAAGAGGUAGGCAGGUUAGAUGGCCGUCAGUCUUGCUAUCAGGUUUAGAUCGAGUCUCAGGGAGUCGAGUCACAGGUGCAGAGAUGUGUCCAGCGUCAGAGAAGCUCACUGGUCUGGUCGCUGCUACAUUCACUCCGUUGACUUCCCAAGGUGAGCUGAACCUGGCGGUGAUCGGCCCGUACGUCGACUACCUGGUGGAGAAACAGAACGUGCGCAGUGUGUUCGUGAAUGGGACGACGGGUGAAGGCUUCUCUUUAACGCUGCAGGAACGGAAGGAUCUGGCUGCGGAAUGGUGCAAGCAAGGCAAAGGGAAACUCAACCAGGUCAUCAUUCAUGUUGGCUGCCUGAAUGUAAAAGAUUCUCAGGAACUGGCACGUCACGCUGUGUUAGCAGGAGCUAAUGCUAUAGCUGUCAUCGCUCCGUUUUUCUUCAAACCCAGGAAAGCAGAGGUGUUACAGAUGUUUCUGAAGGAAGUGGCUUCAGCAGCUCCACAGCUUCCUCUCUACUAUUAUCACUUGCCAAGCAUGACGGGGGUGACAUUGAAUGCGCAGGAGGUUAUGGAUGGCAUUGAGAAAAAUAUUCCUUCGUUCAGAGGGGUGAAGUUCAGCGCGCUGGAUUUAAGAGAUAUGGGAGAGUGCGUCACUUAUUGCCGUCCUCAUUCUUGGUCCGUCCUCUACGGCGUGGAUGAGCAACUGCUGGGAGCGUUGGUGCUGGGAGCCGACGGUGCCGUGGGAAGUUUGUACAAUUACCUGGGUCAGUUCAUGAACGACAUGCUGAGUGAGUUUAAAAAUGGAAAACUACCUUCCGCUCAAACCCACCAGUUUCAGGUGCAGGACUUCAUCACAUUCGCAAACAGUCUGGGCUUCGACCUGCCCAUGAAUAAGCAGCUGAUGAGUUUGUGCUCCGGUUUGGCUCUGGGUCCCCCGAGGCUGCCGCUGCAACCACAUUCUUCUCCUAAUGUUCAGGCUGUCUUUAAGAAACUCCAGGAGAUCAUCGGGCCUUGUCCUAAACAAAACAGCGCUGUGAUAAACUGCCCAAGCUGAAUAUGCGCAGGUCGUUUGGGUAAACACGGUUGAUCAAUACUAGUCUACCCAGUAAUCCACUAAUCUGGAUGUCAUCUUAAGUGCAAUUCCUGUCAUUUGAUAUCUUUUUUUAACAUUUUCUAAUAUCUACAAGAAAAAGGCUUCGGGAAAGCUGGUACAGGGUUUUUAUUAUUGUUUUUUUUUUUCCUUUCAUGAGUGUAUAAAUAUCCCUGAGCUCUACGUAAGAAUCUGUAGAGCUCAUAGGCUUGUCAGAGUGAAACCAUUUGACCUCCAUCUUACCACUCGCAUCGUGGAGCGGAGCAGAUUUUUAGACCAAGGGUUCUCAACCUUUUCUACUUUAAGGCCCACUUAUUCAUAUUUGUAACGAGUUUUGGCUCCUCUAUUCUCUUAGAAUCUAAUAAUCUAUUGUAAAGUGUAUUAAUUGGGAUGUGACAUCAUUCCCUGUUACAGAUGGGAGCCCGGGAAUUAAAUAAAGGCAAUAAAAACAAA